GGCUGUUUCUCACAUCCUACUCUUAGUUUCAUUGUCCCAAGGAUUUCAUUUGAAGGGCGGAGCAUUCCUUCACAUCCCUCCACCCUAACCGGAGACAGAAAUCUGGACCAAUGAAAGCAUAGUACUUCAUUUACUGGCACCAAGAACGGGCACUAUUUAAGUGGAAGCAGGAAUGGACUGUGAGCUGCGUCUGCCUUCUCCACAAACUGACGAAGAACUAUCCUCUGAUCUGGGCCAUCACCGAGCGGAAGAGACGCAAGGGAGGAAAAAAUUGCAAGGCUCUUGCUGCCACUAUGGGCUAUGUAAAGUGUGCAAGAGGCAUCGGACACUCUCUGGUGUGGCUUUCUGUCUUCUGCAUCAUAGCUAACAUUUUACUCUACUUUCCAAAUGGGGAAACAAAGUAUGCUCUUGAAGACCACCUUAGCCGCUUUGUGUGGUACUUUGCCGGCAUUGUAGGUGGAGGCCUGCUGAUGCUCCUGCCAGCACUUGUGUUCAUCGGCCAGGAGGAAGAUGACUGCUGUGGCUGCUGCGGCUGCUGCGGCUACGAAAGCUACGGCAAGAGAUGUUCAAUGCUUUCUUCUGUCAUGGCUGCUCUCAUUGGAAUUGCAGGAUCUGGCUACUGUGUCAUUGUGGCAGCACUGGGUUUGGCAGAAGGACCAAAGUGUAGCGAUUCCCACGGUGUGUGGAACUACACCUUUGCCAACACCGAUGGACAGUACCUUCUGGAUUCCUCUACAUGGUCCAAGUGCUAUGAGCCCAAGCAUAUUGUGGAGUGGAAUGUGACUCUAUUUUUUAUCCUUUUGGCUCUCGGUGGAAUUGAAUUCAUCUUGUGUCUCAUUCAAGUAAUAAAUGGAGUGCUUGGAGGCAUAUGUAGCUAUUGCUACUCUCACCAACAGCAAUAUGACUGCUAAAAGAACACAAGACAGAACCACAGGAUACCUUUCUGUCACUGUAAUUUGUAUAUUUUACUUGUGUUGUGAAGCUUUGUGCUGUUGUAUCAUAUCCCACACAUUCUGCUUUUAUAAUGAAAUGUGCUGACAUCUUCCCACGAUGUCAGGGUUUAUAUUUAUAAAGCAAACUUUAUUUUAAAGAACAAGGCACCAAACCACACUCAUUCCGAGGUAUUUUACAGACUGAAUAACUGUUCUCAGCAAAGCUGAGAGAUUAAACUCUUCAAUGUUUAAGAUAAAAAUCACAUCUAACCAUUGUGUAUAUGUGUAUUUG